GCUUAUCGCGACUCUUCGUUUGCUGAGGUGAGCUCUUAUGUGUACGCGUGCGUGGGUGAUGCAGGCUGGGGUGGAUGGGCUUUUUUUUACUCUCAGUCGUCCAGCUGCAUGAAUAAUGCAUGAGUAUAUUCAGUCAUCUGAAGAGGCAUCUUGGAAAGCUCUGCGUUGCAAGAAGACUUCUGAACCAAAAUAAAGGGCUUGAUUGGAUCAGGAUCUCAGUAGUGUUGGUGAGGUUCAAGAAAGCAUCAGUCCAUUUUAAGAUGAGCGCUGAGCUGAGGAGUAUCGCACAAGACGGAGACAAGAGCACACGCCCAGCAGCAUCUGAUUUAAUGCUCUUUUAGACUCCUUAAACGCACACGCUCUCACAUUCACUUACACACUGCUUGGUUAGAUGCGGCAGAGGUUCUGGAUGAUUUAUAUUGACCUUAUUGCAGUACGGUGAGUGUAGCAUGUGCGGCACCUCUGGGAGUUUCAGUGUCUGUAUGGUUUGCCAUCUCUCUCUCGCUCUCUGUCUCUCUCUCCCCUCCACAUGCUUUGCAGACCCACCCACAAUUCCUCUGGCUUUAUACUGCCUCAGAAACUCACCUCACAUAAUUUCUUCACAACAUUUCCGAUGCUAAUGGCUUCACUGCUGCUUUAAAGCGGAGAACGGAAAGAAACUUGUCUCCUUGUUUGUUCCCGCUCGACCAUGUGCUUGUGAAAUCGAAUUCUGGGAGUGUCCAGGAAGAGAGCUGGGAAUUCGUCAAGUGUCCGGAGUGUGGUGUUUGGAGAAAGUACUGGGAAUUCUUGGACGGUCCAGAGAGUGAGCACUUUUGGGAGUGUCUGGAAAGAGCGGUGGUCAUGCUGGAGUCGAGCACUCAGGACUGCAGCAGUGCAUUGUCCUGCUUUGGCUGCUGGAAUGGGCGAAUGGCUGAGUCAGGCUAUGGGUCUGAGAGCAGUUUACGCCGCCAUGGCUCCCUACUGUCCCUCACCUCUGCUGCCAGCGGCCUCUCCACCACCUCCGCAUCCUCCUUCAAGAAGGGAUACAGCCUGCAGGAAAAGCUAGCGGAGAUGGAGACCUUCAGGGACAUUCUCUGCAGACAGGUUGACACACUGCAGAAGUAUUUUGACAACUGCGCAGAUAUUGACAGUAAAGAUGAUCUCCACAGGGACAAAGCAUCUGAUGAUGAAGAAGAUUUUCCAACCUCACGGCCUAAUGGAGAUUAUCUGCUAAACAACAACAACAGCAGUAAAGAGAAAUUAUUCUCUGUGGACAGCCUCAAAGGUUCCUUAGGCAUCGAUUUCAAAGGUGAAGCCAUCACGUUUAAAGCUACAACAGCAGGAAUCCUGUCCACACUGUCCCACUGCAUCGACAUUUUGGUCAAAAGAGAAGAGAGCUGGCAAAGACGACUUGAUAAGGAAAUUGAAAGGAGAAGACGUGCUGAAGACGCCUAUAAAGCUGCACUGACGGAGCUGAAGAAGAAGCCUCAUUAUGGAGGACCGGACUAUGAAGAAGGACCAAACAGCCUGAUCAAUGAAGAGGAGUUCUUCGAUGCUGUGGAAGCUGCAUUGGAUAAGCAUGACCAGAUCGAAGAGCAAUCGCAGGCAGAAAGGAGCUGGGCAUCUCGACAGAUCUCCCUCCCUCCAGACACCUAUUCCUCCGUCAGCACUCAGAAAUACUUGACUAAGCCUCGCAGUCAUACUUCCUCCUUGUCCUCGGUUGACCUCAUAAGUGCCUCCGAUGACGUGCACAGGUUCAGUGCUCAGGUUGAGGAGAUGGUGCAGAGCCACAUGACUUAUUCUCUACAGGAUGUGGGUGGAGAUGCUAACUGGGAGCUGGUUGUUGAAGAAGGUGAUAUGAAGGUGUACAGGAGAGAAGUGGAGGAGAAUGGCAUCGUUCUGGAUCCGCUCAAAGCUACUCAUGCUGUCAAAGGGGUUACAGGACACGAGGUCUGCCACUACUUUUGGGACACAGCUUUUCGGAACGACUGGGAGACAACUGUUGAAAGCUUUCAAGUGGUUGAGACACUCUCAGAUAAAGCAGUUAUCAUUCAUCAGACCCACAAGAGGGUAUGGCCUGCCUCCCAGAGAGAUGUGCUUUAUGUAUCAGUUAUCCGUAAAAUUCUCUCCACCAAUGAGAAUGAUCCAGACACGUGGCUGGUGUGCAACUUCUCAGUGGAUCAUGACAGCUAUCCACCCUCUGCUAGAUGCAUUCGUGCCAAAAUCAAUGUAGCCAUGAUCUGUCAAACUUUAAUCAGCCCACCAGAGGGAGACAAAGAGAUCACCAGAGACAACAUCCUCUGUAAAAUCACAUAUGUGGCCAAUGUAAAUCCUGGUGGUUGGGCCCCUGCAUCAGUCUUACGAGCAAUAGCCAAGAGAGAAUACCCCAAAUUCCUCAAACGCUUCACCUCGUAUGUUCAAGAGAAGAGCAGCGGUGAUGCUAUUCUCUUUUGAGCAACACCGGGUUGUUCAAUCUACAUUUCCAGUUUGCUUUCUGACUCUAAUGAAGUAACGCCUUAUACACAUCACUCACAACAAAGAGCUGCUCAGCCAAAGUGCUCUUGACACUCUUCAGAAACUUUGUCGAAGCGUUUCCAUACAGACUGAACAACAGCGGUACACCAAAGUCUGUGAAAGCACCUUUGAACAGUACAAACACACUAGAAAAACCAACACAGCCUGUUCAUCUUUAAAAGGCCUUUUGUUAAAGUGUUUUACAUUUUUGUAAAUAUUUGAUCAUAGUUUGAGGUCUGACAAUGGUCUUGAGGAGAUAAUAUACUGGUAACUUGAUGCCUUGAUCUAAUCCCAGCAUAAUCUCAGCUGUACAUGAGCUUUUUUCACUGACCUUGUCUAGGAGCCAUUUCUCUUAAGAAGACCCUUUCUAGCUCGGAUGAUCAAGAUCAAGUCUUAACAUCUUUUGUACAGUUAGUUAAUCUAAAUGUAUACGAUUAUUUACAUGUGAAUGCAUUACAAAUUUAGAUUCUUGUAAUUCACAAAUGUGGCUUUAGGCAAAGUGUGCAUUUAUUGGGAACUGCUUGUAUAAGAAAGUAGUCAAAGUAUAGGGUUUUUUGGUAGGCCUGUGAAAAGUUGUUAGUGACUUAAUAGACCAUAAUUGCCUUUCUUUUCUCUUUUAUGUUUUUUUUUUUUUUUUAAGUUUGUUUUGUUUUAAUUUCCAGAAGUUUCAAAAAUAAUAAUUUCUGCAGAUAGGUGGCACUUUAUUACACGCAUGCCUUUUUUGGGCCCUAUAACAGCAAUUUAAACAAUGUCAUUCCAUUUCUGGUUCAUCUCUAGAUAUUGGGCUUCCAUCUACAAAAUCUGUGGAGAAUUACUGCAGUUGUGCCAUCUAUGCCUCUGAAAGAGAGGGAAUUGUAAUGACAUUUCACAGUUUAAUAUAACUUUCUGUGGUCUGAUUCACUAUAUGGAGGAUGUAAUGAAUCGAGGACAUUUCUAAUUUCACUAGUCUUAAAGGGAUAGUUCAUCCAAAAAUGACGAUUCUGUCAAUUAAAAAUUUUCUCACCCUAAUGUUGUUCCAAACCUGAAUGAUUGAUAUUUUUAUAUAUAUAUACACACACACACACAUAUAUCUUUUUUUUUUUAAGAUGAUUUUCUCCAUAAUGUGGCCAUCAGUGGUAACCAAGUUCUGCUUGGUCACCAAUAUGUUUUUUGUUCUUUUGAAAUCAGUUCAGGUUUGGAACAACUAGAGUACAUUUUGUUUAUUUUGUGUGAACUAUCCAUUUGAGGUCAUGAUUUCAUGUUGAAUUUGUGUUUUCUGUAACAUUGUUUGCACUAAACAAUCAGAUUUUUUUUUAAAUCCCACCUUAGUCUUUCCAUAAUAAUACUUGAGUUCAGAAUGCCUGAUUUGAAGUAAGGUUUAAGUUCUACAUUGAUUGCAUCACUUGCCUGCCACUACUAAUUUGCUGCUGCAGUUCUGCUUCAAGCACUUUUAUAUUUAGUGUACUAGGGUGAAACACUUUGUUCAUGACAGCAAGAACAAGAAACUUUCUGAAAUUUUAUUUUAUUUUGAGAUUGAUCUACAAAUGUUGAAUGCUUUUGAAAAAAGAAAAUGUAAAUGACUUCUUUCUACAUGUAUCACCAACUUAAUGAAACCAAAUUUUAUGAA